AAACAAGACGCAGUGGGUUCACAGUGAGCACGGACUCCCGAGCAAAUCACACCAUCAUCCCAGCCGUCCCGUCCGCGCGUCUUAUCAAGAGGAGAGCCUGUGUGUUGCGCACCGGAGCGGGUGGCUUUCUUCUUUUUUUUUUUUUUUUUUACCUUCUUCUUCCUUCCCUCCCCGCCCCUUCAUGGAGGCAGCGCAAAAAGAUUAAGCAGUAAAAUGUGAGGCUCAAAGAGGAGGAAGGAGGGGGAUCAGAGUAGAAACACAGAGAGCGCGCACGCGCGCAAGAAAGAAAGAAAGAAAGUGGCUUCUCUAUUCUGCGCGUGAUUCCAGUUGUGCGCUCGCUCUGCAGUCCGAACAUGAAGAAGUUCAACAUCAGGAAGGUGCUGGACGGGCUGAAGGAGGCGUCCUGCUCCGCGCCGUCCGUCCAAGUGGGGCCGCAGGAGAACCAUCUGAUCCAGGAGACGCUCCAGUCCGACCAUUUCCAGCUCUGCAAGACUGUCCGUCAUGGCUUCCCCUAUCAGCCGUCGUCCAUGGCGUUCGACCCUGUGCAGAAGAUACUGGCCAUUGGAUCCCAGGGUGGAGCUCUCAGAUUAUUUGGUCGUCCCGGGGUCGAGUGUUACUGUCAGCACGAGAGCGGAGCAGCCGUCAUCCAACUACAGUUUCUCAUCAACGAGGGCGCGCUGGUGAGUGCUUUGGCUGACGACACCGUCCACCUGUGGAACCUGAGGCAGAAGAGACCAGCCAUCCUCCACUCCCUCAAGUUCAACAGAGAGAGAAUAACGUUCUGCCACCUGCCCUUCCAGAGUAAAUGGUUGUACAUCGGCACCGAACGAGGGAACAUCCACAUCGUCAACGUGGAAUCCUUCAUGCUCUCAGGCUACGUCAUCAUGUGGAACAAAGCCAUUGAACUGUCCUCCAAAGCUCAUCCUGGACCGGUAGUCCACAUAAGUGAUAACCCUAUGGAUGAGGGAAAGCUUAUAAUUGGAUUCGAGUCUGGCAUCGUGGUCUUAUGGGAUCUGAAAUGCAAGAAGGCAGACUAUCGCUACACUCAUGAUGAGGCUAUCCACUCAGUUGCCUGGCAUCACGAGGGCAAGCAGUUCAUUUGCAGUCACUCAGAUGGAACCCUGACCAUAUGGAACGUGAGGGGCCAGGGCAAGCCCAUACAGACAAUCACACCGCACGGAAAACAGCCCAAGGACGGGAAGAAGCCAGAGCCUUGUAAACCCAUUCUUAAAGUGGAGUACAAAACAACUAGAAAUGGGGAGCCGUUCAUAAUCUUUUCUGGUGGUCUUUCUUAUGACACGGUGGGCCGGAGGCCUUGUUUGACUGUAAUGCAUGGGAAGAGUACUGCCGUACUGGAGAUGGACUAUCCCAUAGUAGACUUCCUCACGCUAUGCGAGACUCCCUAUCCUAACGAUUUUCAAGAGCCUUACGCCGUGGUGGUCCUUCUAGAGAAAGAUUUAGUAGUGAUUGAUCUUGCACAAAAUGGUUACCCCAUAUUUGAAAACCCAUAUCCGCUGACUAUCCACGAGUCUCCUGUGACCUGCUGCGAGUACUUUGCCGACUGCCCUGUGGACCUCAUACCUGCACUUUACUCUGUUGGCUCAAGGCAGAAACGACAGGGAUACAGCAAAAAGGAAUGGCCUAUUAGUGGUGGAAACUGGGGUCAAGGCACACAAAGCUACCCAGAGAUGAUCAUCACUGGGCAUGCUGAUGGAACUGUGAAGUUCUGGGACGCUUCUGCAAUAAUGCUCCAGGUGCUCUAUAAGCUAAAAACAGCCAAGGUGUUUGACAGAAACCGGUCUAAGGAAGACAAAGGCAGCACCGAGAUAUCAGACGAGGAUCCCUUUGCCAUUCAGAUUAUGGCUUGGUGCCCCGAGAGCAGGAUGCUGUGUGUGGCCGGUGUGUCAGCCAACGUUAUCAUCUACCGCUUCAGCAAGCUGGAAGUAACUACCGAGGUGGUGCAGUUACUAGAGGUGCGAAUGCAGUAUGAGCUGAACGAAACAGACUCUCCAGAAGGCGGGGGCUAUGGGGGCGAGCAGACGUCGGCGCAUCAUACCCCUGGCGCCUCGCCUCAGACGAGCGGCCCACCUUCACACCCUUCCACCAGCAGCAACAACUCUGACGGAGGCAACAUGCCCUGCCUCAAGGUGCGCAGUACUCCUUUGAAGCAGUCUCCAGGUUACCAGGUAGAUUUGGUGGUCCAGUUGGUGUGGGUGAACGGAGAGCCUCCUCAGCCAAUCACAAGUCUGGCACUCAACUCUUCCUACGGCUUAGUGGUGUUUGGCAACAGUAACGGUCUGGCGGUGGUGGACUACGUCCAGAAGACGGUUGUACUCAACCUGGGGACGCUCGAGCUUUAUGGGUCCGGCGACCCCUACCAGCGACAGCCUCGGUCGCCAAGAAAAACACGACAACCUUCAGGAGGUUUGUGCGACAUCAACGAGGGCUCAGCCACAUCCGAGGACCGCUGCAAGUCUCCUACUUCAGUGUUGAUGUCAAACAGCAAUCUACAGCAAUUCUACAAUGGAGGUGGUAGAGGAGCAAAGAUGUCACGGAAAUUAAGCUUGCCUACUGAGCUUAAGCCAGACUUGGUCCUCCUGUCUGUAUGCCCACCACGGGGUGGCAACCCUUUAGAUCACCGGGACAACUCCUUCAGCCGCUCACGCUCCUCCAGCGUCACCAGCAUCGACAAAGAAGCACGAGAGUACGUCAAUUCCUUCCACUUCUGUGAGACCUUUACCCGGAAGGGGGACAGCACUCUGACGCCCUGCCUGUAUGUGGGAACGUCCGUGGGAGCUGUGCUGGCUCUGGCAGUCACAUUGCCCCCUGCUGGGGAGCAGCGGCAACUGCAGCCGGUUAUCGUAUCACCUGUAGGUAUGUUGGUACGGCUGAAGGGAAGCAUCAUGCGGAUGGCCUUCUUAGACUCCACAGGUGCCCUCCUGCCUCCCGCACACGAGCCUUGGUAUGAACCCAACAUUACAGCAGACGGUGAAGAAAAGGUCCGUAAGCGCCGGCCCGUCUCCGUAUCCCCAUCCACCUCCCAGGACCUCAGUGAGAGCCAGUAUGCUGUGGUGUGCUCUGAGAAACAGGCCAAAGUCAUGUCCCUCCCGUCCCAGACGUGCAUCUAUAAACACAACAUCACAGAGACCUCCUUCAUCUUGCGGUCGGAUGUCGUGCAGAUGAGCCAAGGCGUCUGUGUCGCUUGUUUCUGUGCCAACGGCCACAUCAUGACUCUCAGUGUGCCGGGACUGAGACCGCUCAUGGACGUAAACUACCUACCUUUGACGGAUAUGCGGAUAGCAAGGACGUUCUGCUUCACCAACCUGGGUCAGGCCAUGUACCUUUGCUCCCCCACCGAGAUUCAGAGGAUCACUUACAGUCAGGACACUUGUGAAAACUUACAGGAGCUCCUGGGUGAACUUUUCACACCAGUGGAGACACCUGAGGCGCCCAACAGAGGCUUCUUCAAAGGCCUCUUUGGAGGCGGAGCUCAGUCGCUGGACAGAGAGGAGCUUUUUGGCGAGAUAGCAGCUGGAAAGGCAUCUCGAAGUCUGGCCCAGCACAUCCCCGGCCCUGGUGGAAUUGAGGGCAUGAAGGGAGCUGCUUCUGGAGUGGUUGGAGACCUGGCACGCGCCCGGAUAGCGUUGGAUGAAAGAGGCCAGAAACUGGGUGAGCUGGAUGAGAGGACAGCCGCCAUGAUGGCCAGUGCUGAUUCUUUUUCCAAACACGCCCACGAGAUGAUGCUGAAGUGCAAAGACAAAAAAUGGUACCAGUUCUGAUUAGCAAGGAGCGAGGAAUAGAACUCUCUGGACCUGAUUAUUGGCUCAUGUGGACUCACCGUGACUCCCGCCCAUCCAUCUGUCCGUUCAUCCAUCCCUCCAAGCCUUCUUCACCGAAACACUUGGGAUUUUCUUCCCUAGCACAAUGUUGAAUACUGUUUUUACCUCAGUCUGAGGGUGGAACUGAGGCUUAGACAGGGGGAGAAGGACAACCUCAGACAGAAUAAAUAAACGGUGUCUUUUUUCUUUUCUUUUUUCCAAUGUUCUCGUCUCUGUUUUUCUCUGUUCUGCCCCCCCCUCAGAGGUGGCACAUCGGCCCAAGCGACCUGGAGACUUCUCAUUCUCAUUUGCAGAAAUGUCCUUUACCGUUGUCUCCACUUCGUUCCCCCUGUGGCUGUGGCUCAAAUCAACACACACAGCUGAAAAAAAAAACUCAUAUCUAAUCAAGUAACAAGGACUACAAAAUAAUGAAAAUGUAAAAAGAAAGAAUCUAAAUACAUCAUUAUAUAUACACAUAGAUCUAAUACAUGUGCAAUGCUGUAUCCACUUAUAGACUUUUGAACUUGAGUGAUGAGUACAAAAGACAGGGACAACUCCUGGAGGAGAUGGGAGCAGGGUGUGACGGCCGACCGGCGGCGCUGGGACCUUCAGAAGUGCUGGGACAGUUGAGCUUCCUCUAUGCAGAGAGUUACAAGGAUUAACACAACUCUGAUGUAAACUGGAUAUUUUGUCAUUUUUGCUUGGACUCUAAACUGUCCUCUAUAUCCAAAACACUUUCACAUCAUUAAUAACGUGUGUGUGGGUGCGUGUGUGUGUGAGAGAGAGAAAGAGAGAGAGAGUGUGUGUUACUUUCAAUUUUCUUGUUCGCCAUCUGAUUUUUUUUUUUUCUUUAAAAAAAAAGCUGUCUGUUCAUGGAAAAUCUCUUUAUUUUUCUAAUGUGAAAAUGGAUGAUUAUUUAAUUUAUUCAUAAUAUUUGCUUUGUGGCUUCUGUGUGAAAACAUCAGUUAUCUUUUUGAAAAGGGCUGGAAUCUACAGUAUAAGAAGGAGAAGAUUUAAAAAAAAGAAGGAAUAUAUACUAAAUGACACUACUGAUGGUUGUUUGUUAAUUUAGGUGCGUGCUUGAGUUUGUUGUCAAACACUCACCUUUAUUACCUAGUUUACCAUGUCUGCAGUACAAUUCACCCAUGGAGUAUCUCUGUUUCAGGCUUCUAACUUUUAUUUGUUAAUAGUUUGACAAUCGAAGACCAGCUGGGAAAGAAAGCGUUGUGGUUGCUUCAACAAAAGAGGAGACAGGCCAUAUUUUUCCUGACACCAAAGAGUUACUUUAGCUUUUCCAUUGCAUUAUGAUUUGGCCAUGAAUCUGUGGUUCAGAUGGCACCCAGUUACGUGUUAUACCAUGUAGCUUCAUACAUGGAAAGCAGCUGUAAAAGUGAGUCUGAGGUCAGGGUUUAAAGGUAGGGUAAGCGGUUCCAUGCACUUUCUAACCCAACUUAUUUUUUGUCACAUUCAUUGACCUCACCAUCCAUUAGAUGCCCAUGAAAAAAACAGUAUUUGUACACAGCCAUGGCUCUGUAAACUUGGAACAAAAGCUGUAUUUCCAUCAGUGGGUGUCCGGGGUAAAACCUAUGAGGGGGGAAUUGAAUUGGAGAAGAGACUGGGGGGAGAGUUCGUGAUGGCGCAUGUUUUCUCUGGAUGGAGGAGGAGGAGGAGGGUGGAGCUAUCUCUCUGUGUGUUAAUGUUUUUAAACUUGAUCCAGAAAUCGCUUACUCUGCCUUUUAAGAUGUGGGAGGUUGCUGUGGAAUUCUGUUUGUAGUGCACUUUUGUCAAAGAAGGCAUCAUUUCGAUAAAUGUUUAAAGUGGCCAAGUUUUUGGUUAAAAUAAUUAAAAUUGUUCCAUUAAAACCAAAACCAUUCCAAUACACCCUAUAAAAUACUUCAAGCAUUCAUUUACGCGUGAAUGUGUGUUUUGUAUGUCUUUUCUCGCCACCUCUGUGUAAGACUGUCCAUGUAAAAGAGCUUAUAUAAGUUCUAUUAUGUUCUGGCAAUUAAUAACCUCAUCUCAACCAUCUGCAGUGUGUCCAGAUGAGUGUCUGUUUGACUACAAUAACUGAAAACGCCUAAAGAGAAAAAAGGAUAACAGGAUAAAGAGUAGUAUAGGUGAACCCCUAAAUUCUGAUUUAAAUUAAGCAACUCGUGUUCAGUCCUUGCACAUAAUGCCCUUCCCUUUCAGACUUUGCUAUUGUCCUUUGAAUUAAUUGUAACUCCGUCGGUUCCACAGCUGCAGUACUAAUCCGGCCUUCUAUGUGUUCAGUAAGCUAUGUAGUGUGGGUGUUGACAGGUAGCUCUUUUAUUCCCUCCAAGGUGAAAAAAAGAGGAAAAGAAAAAAACAACUUCAGGAAAAAUAGCUUGUUUCAGCUAUUCUUUUUUUUCUCGGCUGUUUUGUUUUAAUUGUAUAUUUCCGUGUUACCCUCCUUUUCUUUCCCCCCUCCCACACUUGAGUAUGCAGUAUUCUUACCUGAUCCAAUCCACACGCUCAAACAAUGAGAGGGGAGUCCCGUUUAUUUGUCAUAUGCCAUCUUCUGUCCUGGAUUCAACCGUUAUCAGUGGGUUGCAGUAUUUUUCUCAUUGUAGCCAACUUUUCUUGUACAGUUUUAUGCAACUUUCACAUGGAUGUUUAUGACUUUAUCUGCUGCCACAAAAAUUUAGGAAUUCUGUAGAUAGAUUACUGUGCAAUGGAAAAUA